CAUCUGGGGUCAAAAUUUUGAUACUGCAGAGAAAUUGCAGGAAAACUAAAGGCAACUGUAAAUUGACUUAGCUCUUAUUAGCAAUACUCUUCUAUCAAUUAUCAUCAUAUAAGUAAGUCAGUAAUGAGUAGGUCUGGAUUUGAGGCGAUUACAUAUUCCAGUCCAGAUGUUGAAUCUGAAAUUGAAUUGAAUCUUUUGUUGGUGUCAAUAAGAAGUUAUCUUGAUCAAGUAAUAAGAAAGAAUCAAUUGAAACCCAAAGAGAAGUAUACAAAUCAUGAUCUUAAGAUAAGGAUAAGAGAUUUAGAAGAAUAUUUCAGUGAAGUUAAAGCAUUGUUAUGUAAAUUCCCUGUUGAAAAUCAUCAUUACUUAUGGGUAGAAUCGUUAUCAUCCUUAGUUAAUGAUCUUAUUAAUUAUAAUCAAGCUUUUUGUAAUAAAUAUAGUACUAUUUCAUCAUUUGAAACUGAAGUGUUUAUGAAAAUAGCAGAAGAAAUCACUCCAAAAAUUAACCAAUUAAUUGCUGAUUUUGCUUCAUUGCUAGGAAGAUUCUUAAAAAGUUCAAAUUUUAAUUGGGAGAAGUUUAUAAUUCCAGAAGUAUUUAAUUCUUUUGAAAAUUUAUUAUAUGAAUCACUUGAAUUAUUAAUUAUGGAUAAAAUUGAUAAUUUAGAUAAUCAAAAUAUUACGGAAUUUAUUCUAGUAGAUAUACAGCAAGUUGUUUUAAAGAUUUUUAAAGAGCCAGGGUUAGCAGAGAGUGGAUUUUCCAUUAUAACUCAAUUCUUGAAAGUAACCUAUAUGACAGGAGAAUCAUUAUUGAUUGUUCCUCUUUUCAGUUUACCAAUAAUAGAUCCCGAAUAUCCUAUGAAAGUGAUUCAAACUAUUGAAACUAAUUUAAAGUAUGUAUUGUAUUACUACAAAUACGUUGCAUUAAACUUUCUAGCUAUAUCAAUUUUGAAUAAUUCAUCAUUCUACAAUAAAAUUGCAGAUAUAUAUUUUAAAGUUUUAUUACAUUUCCCCAAUCUUCAAUUGAAUCUAUAUUUCUUUGGUGAUAAUAAGCCAAUUUCUGGAAGAGUGAAUGAAUCAUUAAUUAGUUUAUUGGAGAGACAAGAAAUUUCGUUGAUGUUUGUAAUCAAUAGUUUAUUGAAACUAUCGGAUAUACAACUGUAUUGCGAAAUGAGUAAAUUGUACAAUACUGAAUUUGAGUUUUUAUAUGCUUCAUUAUCUACAGUAUUGGCUGGAGAUCUUGAUAGAUCUGCUUCAAGACCUGGAAGUGCACAUUCAAGUGCUAUUUCAGUGCCUAAAAUUUAUCAACUUGAAUUACAGAAAGAUUCAGAAUUCAGAAAAAAUCAAAAAAGGAAUGCAAUUCUCCUAAGGUCUUUUAGUUAUCUUAUAUUGUAUGGCUCUUAUAAGGAAAAGAUCAAUUUAAUUAUUGAAUUUCUCAAUGAUGUCAGUUUUGGAAAAGCUGAAGGAUUCUUAAACCCCUUUUAUAAAGGAGAGAAACUAGAAGAUUAUAAAUUGAUUAGAUCAGAUGGACUGGGUAAAGAAGUAUUCAUAUAUGCAACUAAUAAGAUUCGUCAGCAUAUUCGAUCACUCGCAACAUCAUUCUUAUGUGAUAAUGCGGGUCUCAAAUCUUCAGAAAAUCAAUUUGAUAUCUCUUUACCUACAAGCCUUGAUGUAAAUGAAACCGAAUAUGCUUUGAAAUUGUUCCCUGAAAUAUUAAUUCCCGAGGCUCCAUCAUCCCAGAUCAAGUUUUCUCUAUUAACUCGUAAAUUGUAUGAAACUACUAAAAGACUACAAUGAAAAUAUGUUUAUUGGUGAAUUUAUAUACAAGUAAUUCUACAGUUUUAGUGCGAAAAUCUUUUUGCAGACAAAUAUAUAAUUGAAUAUUCUCUAUUUUUUUUUUCCGUAGCAAAAUAUGUAUUCUCAAUAUAUUUUUUUUCCGUAGC